CCAGCCACGAGCACGAGCUGAUGAAAGUGUGAGGUCUCCGGCAGGCUGCGCUGUGCCCGCGCCUCUCUUCGAACCACCCGGCCUUCCCAAACCCACAUCAGCCGCGGAGCCGUGAGGGCAGAGCGGUUCGGAGUCUUCAGCCAGCCACGAGCGGUUCUGCCAGCGCCGUGGACCAGACGGAGUUCGACGGAAGCGUUUCUCAGUGAGAUCGGCACCAUGGGCGGAUGAGCUCCGCGGAGAGAGCCGCAGACCCAGCUGAAAUACGACUGCAGAGAAGGUGUUAUAAUGGAAUGGAUCUGAAUAUGGGGAAAUGGACAGGCAUGCAGGCUCCUCUCCUCAGCCUGGCUCUUCAGCUCCUCCUGAUUUUAAAGCCAUCAGCCGGCUAUGACCAGAACACCCAUGAAGCUCCUCAGGAUGAAGCCAACUUCAGCUUCACCCAUUCUGUUUACCAUGCAACGGUUUAUGAAAACUCAGCAGCACGCACCUAUGCCAACAGUAAAAUUAAAAUGGGCAUUCACCUUUACAGGAGAUCCUGGGAGACUCGCUACAGAAUCACCUCAGGAGACGAUGAAGGACUUUUCAAGGCAGAGGACUACGUAUUGGGGGACUUCUGUUUUUUGCGCAUAAGGACCAAGGGGGGCAAUGCUGCCAUCUUGAACCGGGAGAUUCAAGACAACUAUGUGUUGACAGUGAAAGCCUAUGUGAAGGGUGAAGCUCUUCUUGAGACCUGGACUAAAGUCAGCAUCCAGGUCUUGGAUAUGAAUGACCUACGUCCCUUAUUCUCACCAACCACAUACUCUGUUACUAUAGCGGAGAGCACUCCCCUCAGGACUAGCAUAGCACAAGUUACUGCCACAGAUGCAGAUAUUGGCUCCAAUGGAGAGUUUUACUUUUUUUUCAAAGAGAAAAUGGAAUUGUUUGCAGUACACCCAACCAGUGGAGUGGUUUAUCUCAGCGGAAAAUUUAAUAUUGAUGAGCAAGACAGAUAUGACUUGGAAAUCCUGGCAGUUGACCGCGGCAUGAAGCUGUAUGGUAACAAUGGUGUUAGCAGCACAGCCAAACUUUUUGUUCAUGUAGAGCGUGUGAACGAGCAUGCUCCAGUCAUAAAUGUGGUCACCAGAAGCCCGUUGAGAUUGGAUAAAAACCUUGUUUAUGCAGUGCUCACUGUUGAAGACCUAGACGAAAAUUCAAAUGGAGAGACUGAUUCUGUAGUUAUUGUAGAUGGGGAUGUUUCAGGACAGUUUUUUGUUGAAAAGUACCAGGAAAGUGAAUUUGCCAUUAAAGCCAUUGAAAUAGUUAACUGGGAAAGUUUCCCAUAUGGCUGUAACCUAACCUUGCAAGCUAAAGACAAAGGAAUCCCACAAAAACUGUCUGCUGCCAAAGUUGUUCAUAUUAUGUUCCCUAAACAGCAGACAAGUGAAUCUAAUUUUGACCACCUGCUGUAUGAGGUUAGCCUCAGUGAAAUUUCCCCACCAGGCACAGUUGUAGGCGCUUUUAAAAUUAGACCAGAACCCGAUGAUGCCGAGUAUAUCCUGAUACCUUCUACAGAUUCUAACUUUUUCAAAAUAAACACCUUAACAGGUGUAAUCUCAACCACUCACUGGUUUACUCGAGUAUCUCAGGAUGUCUUUAACCUUGCUAUAUUGGAAGUUGACAGUAAUCUUACAGCUAAAGUACAAGUAACUAUCGAAGAUUCCAACGACAAUACACCAACAUUUGCCCAAACCUUCUACGAAGUCUUUGUCAAUGAAAGCGUUCCAAUUGGGACCAAUGUUUUAACAGUUUCUGCAUUAGAUGAAGAUAAAGGUGAAAAUGGAUACAUAACUUAUAGCAUUUACAACCUUUAUCCACUACCCUUCAAAAUUAACCAGUUCUCUGGUGUCAUCAGCACCACUAAAGAUUUGGAUUUUGAAUCUUCACCAGAGAUCUUUGUGUUCAUUGUCAGAGCUUCUGACUGGGGGUCACCAUACAGGCGGGAAAGUGAAGUCAAUGUAACAAUCCAUUUAGAAAAUGUUAAUGAUAACCAGCCUUUGUUUGAAAAGGUAGCAUGCAAGGGGGUCAUUUCUGCAGAUUUCCCAGUAAAUGAAGCAAUUACCACAAUAUCUGCAAUUGAUAUAGAUGAGUUAGAGCUUGUAAAAUAUAAAAUAAUAUCAGGGAAUGAGCAGGGGUUCUUUGACCUCAGCCCUGAUUCGGGAGUCCUUGUGUUGCGACGCUCUCUUGCCAUGCUGAGUCCAAAGAACGACAUCUUUAGUUUAAAAAUAACUGCUACAGAUGGUGAAAACUUUUCUGAUCCUAUGUUUGUCAAUAUUUCAGUUGUUCAUGGAAAAUCUCUUCCCAAACAUUUAACAUGUAAAGAAACAAGAGUGGCCCAGAGGUUAGCUGAAAAGUUACUCAGAAAGUCCAAAGCUAGCAUCAAACCUAAAAUUGAAGAAGGUUUUAUUGACUUGUUCUCCAUCAAUCGGCAAACACCCCAGUUUGACCAAUUAUUUCCCACAGACAUAGCAGUGCAAGAAGACCUUAUGGUUGGUUCAAGUGUCUUCAAGGUAAAUGCUUAUGAUGGCGACACUGGUUUUAAUGGGCAGAUUGUGUACUCUAUUUCAGAUGGUAACACUGACAACUGUUUUACCAUUGACAUGCACACUGGCCUUAUCAGUGUUUUUCUGCCUAUGGACAGAGAAAAGAGAGAUCACUAUCUACUUAACCUAACUGUCUAUGACCUUGGCGUUCCACAAAAAACAACUUGGCGUUUACUCUCUGUCCACGUAGAUGAUGCUAAUGAUAAUGCACCGCAGUUUUUACAAGACGGUUAUAGAAUAGUCAUCCCUGAAAACACUGCCAUUGGUACAGAUGUCAUCCAAGUUGAGGCCACCGAUAAAGACUUUGGACCCAAUGGUGAGGUUGUGUACUCACUUUUGACAAGCACCACCCAGUUUGGCAUCAACUCCUCUAAUGGGAUAGUGUAUGUUGCCGGUCAUCUAGAUCGGGAGGCAAUUCCUACUUUCUCCAUCAAGAUUAAGGCUCAAGACAAAGCAGACAAAGCAAAUCAAAAGUUUUCUGUGACCACAUUAAAAAUAAUAUUGGAGGAUGUAAAUGACUGUCCCCCUCUUUUUAUUCCUGGAGUCUACAAGACCAGGGCUCUGGAGGAUCUUCCGGUGGGAACUAUUGUGGCCUGGCUGGAAACCCAGGACCCAGAUCUGGGACUAGGAGGCCAAGUGCGGUACUCUCUGGUUAAUGACCACAGUGGUUGGUUUGAGUUAGACCGGAACAGCGGAGCUAUUCGCCUUGCAAAGGAGCUUGACUAUGAGACCCAGCAGUUCUACAACCUCACUGUGAAGGCCAAAGACAAGGGAAGACCUGUUUCUUUACUCUCUGUCACCUCUGUGGAGCUGGAGGUCAUAGAUGUGAACGAAAAUCUCUACGCUCCAUACUUUUCCCACUUCGCCUUAACAGGGUUAGUUAAAGAGAAUGCUCCUAUUGGAACCACUUUAUUCCAAGUCAGUUCUAAGGAUGACGAUGUUGGUAGAGAUGGAGAAAUCCUCUACUCCAUUCGGGAUGGGAGUGGACUUGGACGGUUUGCCAUAGAUGAAGAUACAGGCAUGAUCUACACCACAGAUUUAUUGGACCGGGAGACCAAAGACUCUUAUUGGCUAACGGUUUAUGCCAGUGACCGUGGUGUGGUCCCUCAGUUUUCUGCUAUCGAGGUGUUCAUUGAGGUGGAGGAUGUAAAUGACAACGCUCCAUUGACCCCUGAGCCAUUGUAUCGGUGCUCAGUGCCUGAGAAUUCUCCCCGAGACGUCUCAGUAAUCCAGAUUCAGGCACAGGACCCUGAUGUGUCACCUCCUAUGGCUGCUGAUUUGCUCAGCUUCCGCAUCAUAAGUGGAAACCCACAGAAUUUCUUCACAAUCAACACUCGCACUGGGUUGAUCACCACAACUUCACGGAAGUUAGAUCGAGAACAACAAACAGAGCACAAUCUUGAGGUGCUGAUUUCAGAUGGGGGUCCGACUCCCAGGAAGAGUACCGUGUGGGUAGUAGCUGUGGUUGUAGAUGAAAAUGACAACAAACCCACAUUUCAUGAAAAGGUGUACCAAGUGAAGCUACCCGAGAGGGAGCGUAGAAAGAAGGCUGAGCCUAUCUAUCGAGUGUUUGCCUAUGACCUUGAUGAUGGACCCAACAGCGACCUCUCCUACAGCAUCGUGGAUGGAAAUGAGGAUGGAAAAUUCUUCAUUGACCCCAAGUCAGCAGUGGUAUCAUCAAGAAAGGCCUUCACCGCUGGAAGCUACGACAUCUUGACUAUCAAAGUGUCAGAUAAUGGCCGUCCCCAGAAGUCGUCAACAACUCGACUUCACAUUGAGUGGAUCCUUCGACCAUCUCCAUCAACUCAACCGUUGCGCUUUGAUGAGCCGUUUUAUAAUUUCACCAUUAUGGAGAAUGAUAAAGUGGCCGAGAUUGUCGGUGUGGUGACUCUGCAACAGAACACGGUCCCAGUGUGGUUUGAUAUUGCAGGUUCCAGGCCUUUCCGUGAGAUGUUCUAUAUUCUACAGAACGCUUGUCUCAGGAACUGUUCCUCUGAAGCAGGUGGGAACAGCGACAGUGUGUUUGACAUCGAGAAAGCUGCAGGGACCAUCGUCAUCGCCAAGCCUUUAGACGCUGAGCAACGUUCCUUCUACAACCUUACAGUUUUGGCCACAGAUGGCACCAACACUGCGUAUACACAGAUCCACAUUACUGUUUUGGACAACAAUGACAAUGAUCCCACCUUCUCCCAACCAGUUUAUGAAGUUACUAUAUCGGAAGAUACCUCACCUGACACAGAGGUGGUCCAGAUACAGGCGUCAGACCGAGACCAGCAUCACCUGCUCACCUAUUCUCUCUACAGCUCUAUAGAUCCAAACAGUAUGCAUCUGUUUCGCAUCCACCCCACGCUCGGCACCAUCUACACCGCUCAGAGGCUUGACCAUGAGGCUUGUGCUCAGCAUGUUCUCACUGUCAUUGUGAAAGACCAAGAGUUUCCAUACAGAAAGGAUCUGGCUCGAGUCCUGAUAGAACUGGAAGACAUAAAUGACCAUGUGCCUGUUUUCACCAGCACUCUGUAUGAAGGCUCAGUCUAUGAGUCGGCUGCUAUGGGAUCAGCUGUGGUGCAGGUUACUGCCCUUGAUAAAGACAAAGGCAGGAAUGCUGAGUUGCACUACUCCAUUGAAGCAGGGAACACUGGGACUGCUUUCACCAUUGAGUCAGUUUUAGGUAUCAUUAGAGUUGCACGUCAACUGGACUUGUCCAGCAUUGGCCAUUAUGUUCUCACUGUUAGAGUCACUGAUAAUGGCGCACCUCCGUUAUCCACAACUACAGUAGUACGCAUUGCUGUCACUUUCUCUGACAAUGCUGGCCCAAAGUUCCCUCAACCCGAAUACCAGACUGAGAUCAAAGAGAAUGCAAUGGUUGGUACCUCUGUCACCACAGUCAGUGCUGUCAGCCAGUCCACGCUCACGUAUGACAUCAAGCAGGGCAAUACUGAACAAGCAUUUCAGAUAAACCAAUACAGUGGAGUCAUCACUACUCGGAAGCCUCUAGACUAUGAAAAGACAACUGCUUAUGUCCUUAUAGUCCAAGCUGCCAACAUGGCCGGCAUGGCCUCCAAUGCUACACUGAUAAUUCAGAUAGUGGAUGAGAAUGACAACCCUCCUGUGUUUCAGCAGUUUCACUAUCAUGGCAGCAUCAGUGAGGUAGCGUCAAUCAACAGUGUGGUCCUGAACUCGGAUAGCUUGCCUCUUGUAAUUAGGGCCACCGAUGCUGACUCCAACCAAAAUGCUCUUUUAGUCUACCAAAUUGUUGAGGACACUGCAAAAAUGUUCUUCACUGUAGACUCGGGAACUGGCUCCAUUAGAACAAUUGCUAAUCUGGAUCAUGAAACUUUUGCCUCCUUCCACUUCCAUGUUCAUGUUAGGGACAACGGUAGGCCACAGUUAACAGCGGAUAGUCCAACUGAGGUAACAAUACAAGUGACUGACUCAAAUGAUUCCCCUCCUCUCUUCACCCAAAGCACUUUUGAAUCAGUUUUGCUAUUCCCUACUUAUGUUGGAGUAGAGGUUUUGCAGGUGUCAGCCAUCGACCCUGACAAUGAUGUUCCUUCAGAACUCACAUACUCUCUGACUGAUGGAGUCUUGGAUAACUUUGCCAUCAAUCCCUCUAAUGGAGUUAUUGUAGUAAAAAACAGCAACUUUUCCAAAGAGAUUUUUCGCUUCAUUGUCAGAGUUUCAGAUGGCAAAUUCUCCAGCACUGCUUUGGUGACUGUAUUUGUCAGAGAAGCUCUGGACUCUGGUCUUAGUUUCAGCCAGAGCAUUUACUUCUCUUCUAUUAAAGAAAAUGUUUCAAAUAUCACCAAAGUGGCUGUGGUCAAUGCUGUGGGAAACCAUCUCAAUGAGCCACUGAAGUAUGCCUUGCUGAACGCUGGAACACUUUUCAGAAUCCGUCCAACAGCUGGUGUCAUCCAAACCACAGGAAUUCCAUUUGACCGUGAAGAACAAGAGUUUUAUGAACUCAUUGUAGAAACAAGAAGGGAGCAUGAUCAUCAGCGUGUGGCCAGAGUUGUGGUAAAAGUUCAAAUCGAGGACGUAAACGAUAAUGCUCCUGUGUUUAUUGGACUUCCUUAUUAUGCAGCUGUUCAAGUAGAAGCUGAACCAGGGUCACCUAUUUUCACUGUCACUGCAGUGGAUGGAGACAAAGGCAUCAAUGGAGAGGUGUCUUAUCAUCUGAAGGAGGACUACGGUCACUUUGAAAUUAAUCAGCAGACAGGGGCCAUCAGACUCAAGAAAUCCUUUGAGUCAGAUUUGUCUAAUGUGGAGUACCAAAUGGUGAUUUACGCCAGAGAUGGUGGGUUUCAUUCCCUCUCAUCCAGCACGGAGUUCCCCAUAACGGUUGUCAACAAAGCCAUGCCUGUCUUUGACAAAUCAUUUUAUUUAGUUGCUGUGAAUGAGGAUGUGGAUGUGCACACACCUAUUCUUAGCAUUAACGCUACCAGUCCUGAAGGUAAAAACAUAAUCUACACCAUUGUUGAUGGGGAUCCGGCCCUUCAGUUUGAUAUCGGGUUUGAUACGGGAGUCAUAAGUGUAAUCCACUCUUUGGACUAUGAAGUAACAUCAUCCUACCGCUUGACCAUCAGAGCUACAGACUUUCUGACUGGCGCUCAUGCCGAGGUUAACGUAAAUGUUUUUGUCCAAGACAUUAAUGAUAACCCUCCUGUCUUCAAGAAAAUGUCCUACAGGGUUGUUUUAUCAGAAACAGCCAUGAUUGGAACUCCAGCACUUCAAGUUGUUGCCACAGAUAAAGACUCAGAAAAGAACAAUAUUGUUCACUAUCAGAUAUUCUCAGAUGUGCAGAACAGCUCAGAUUAUUUCCACAUUGACAGUAGUAGCGGAUUAAUCCUGACCGCACGUAUGCUGGACCAUGAAGUAGUCCACAAGUAUGACUUUGUAGUCAGGGCCACUGAUAAUGGGUUUCCAUCACUGAGUAGUGAAGUCUCAGUGACUGUUGUGUUGACCGACAUGAAUGAUAAUCCUCCAGUUUUCAAUCAACUGCUUUAUGAGGCAUAUGUGAGUGAGUUAGCGCCAAAGGGUCACUUCAUUACCUGUAUUCAAGCCUCAGAUGCUGACAUUUCAGAUUUCGACAAGUUGGAGUACAGCAUUUUAUCAGGAAAUGAAAGGAUGGAUUUUGUGAUGGAAAGAAAAACAGGAAUCAUCAUGUUGUCUAGUCACCGAAAGCAAAGGAUGGAGCCCUCCUACAAUCUCAAUGUUUCAGUGUCCGACGGGGUGUUCACCAGCACUGCACAGGUUCAUGUUAAAGUGUUGGGGGCCAACCUGCACAGUCCAGUAUUUGAACAGAAUGUUUAUGAGGCAGAGUUAAAGGAGAACGCCCCUACUGGAACCAGAGUGGUUCAGGUAAAAGCAAUGGAUGCAGACCCGGGAUUCUUUGGCUACAUCACUUAUUCCUUUGUUAAUGAUGUGGGUAAUGAUCAGUUCAGCAUUGACGCCAAGGGUCAGAUAAGCACCAUAGAAAAGCUUGAUCGUGAAGACCCAUCCAACAAGGACAUUGUUCUUACAGUCUCAGCUCAGGAUUCAGGAGGUCGUGUCUCUUAUUGCACAAUACAACUUACUGUCCUAGAUGAAAAUGAUAAUGCUCCUCGCUUUAUUGCAACAGAGUACAGAGCAUCACUCAAAUAUGAUGUGGCUAAGGGCUUUUUGAUAACACAGAUUCAGGCUCGUGACCCGGACUAUGGCACCAAUGCCAAAGUAACAUUCUCACUUUACAGUGAGGCACAUGUUCCUGUGGCAGACAUUUUGGAAAUCGACCCAGACAGUGGUUGGAUGGUGACAAAAGGCAGCUUCAGCCACUUGAGGAACUCUGUUUUAUCUUUUUUUGUGAAGGCCGUGGAUGGAGGAAAUCCAAUCCGACACUCUUUAGUGCCUGUCUACAUUCAUGUUCUUUCUCCUGAUGCUUUCUUCCCUUUGUUUAGUCAGCCAUAUUACACUUUUAGUGUACCUGAGCACACAGCUUUAGGGUCGGUCAUAGGAACGAUUCAUCUCAACAUUCCUUUUGAAUACGCCUCCUUCUCUGUCAACUUUGCUAUUGUUAAUGGAGAGACUGCUGAAAGCAAUAAAGAUGGAGUUUUUGUAGUGGAAAAUAUGACAGGAGAGAUAAAGCUUGAUAAGCCCUUGGACCAUGAAGUGAUCAAAGGAUUUUACUUCAAAAUCAUUGCCACAGCACUGCAGACUAAGCUGGAUUCUGUGACCUCUGUGGAUGUUGAAGUCAAAGUUUUGGAUCUAAAUGACAACAAACCAGCCUUUGAGGCCAGCUCCUAUGUCACCACCGUUAUGGAGGGAAUGGCCGCCGGAACCAGGAUCAUUCAAGUCCAAGCUCGAGACCCAGACUCUGGAGCCAAUGGCCAAGUAACGUACAGACUGGGAACACCAAUCCAGUCAGAAGAAAAUUCAAAUGCUUUGUCUCGUACCUUUAGCAUUGACAGUAAUACUGGUUGGAUCUUCACAAGCAAGGAACUUGACCAUGAGACCAAUCCAUCCUACACAUUUACAGUGGUGGCCUCAGAUCUUGGAGAGACGCUGACUCUUUCCAGUACCACCACUGUCACAGUGGCUGUAUCAGACAUCAACGACAAUCCUCCCAGGUUCAUGGAGAGCCGCUACAUUUGUUCAGUCCAUGAGAGUAGUCCCCCUGGCGAGGUGGUAGCUGUGCUGAACACCAAAGAUGAUGACAGCUCUGCAGUUAACCGACACGUCAGCUAUCUCAUCACUGGUGGGAAUUAUCGUGGUGUUUUUGCUCUUGGACUGGUCCAAGGAGAAUGGAAGAUGUACGUGAAGAGGCCACUUGAUAGAGAAGAGCACAACCGCUAUACCAUCAAUGUCACAGCUAGCGAUGGACUUUUCAUCUCCCAGACAGUAGUAGAGGUGACAGUCAUAGACGCCAAUGACAACAGCCCUAUCUGUGACCAGGCAAUAUACACUCUUAGCAUACCAGAGAACCUUCCAGUCAACAGUGUGCUCAUGAGGGUUGGAGCUACAGAUGCAGAUGUAGGCAACAAUGCACAGAUCCACUACUCUCUGCAUGGUUCUGGUUCCCCGGAUUUCACCAUGAACUCAGAUACUGGUGAGAUCAAGUUAUCUGUGUCUCUGGACCGGGAGAUGACAGCUAAUUACAGGCUAAUUGCUCAGGCGACUGAUGGUGGAGGGCGUUGGUGCCAGGCUGAGGUGCAUCUGAUAGUGACUGAUGUGAAUGACAACCCGCCCAUUUUCACUCUACCACAGUACACCACCAGUGUGUAUGAAGACACGGCCGUCAAGGCCCUUCUCACUCGUAUACAGGCCAUAGAUCCUGAUGAAGCAGGUCACGGUCGAGUGGUGGUCUAUUCCCUGGCUGACUCUGCUGGAGGAUUUUUCUCUGUUGAUAAGAUCACAGGCAUAGUGGUCCUGGAACACACCCUUGAUCGGGAAGCCCAGCCAACUCAUCAGAUCACAGUUUGUGCAUCUGAUCAAGGUGCACCACUGCCUCUCUUCUCACUCGUUAAUGUCACAAUCACAGUCCUGGACAUCAACGACAACCCACCGGUGUUUGAGCGACGGGAUCAGUUGGCGACAGUACCGGAGGAUGUACGAGUAGGCACUGAGGUUUUGAGAGUUUACGCUGCCAGCAAAGACAUUGGGACCAAUGCAGAGAUCACCUUCAGCAUCAGGUCAGGAAAUGACCACAGGAAGUUCCACAUCCAUCCACUGACUGGCUCCAUUUUAGUAGCCCAGCCUCUGGACUUUGAGACCUGCAGAGACUACUUCCUAACGGUGGAGGCUCGUGAUGGUGGCACACCAACUCUGAGUGCAAUUACCACGGUGAACAUAAACCUAACAGACGUCAACGAUAAUGCACCCAUGUUCAGCCAGGAUGUUUACUCUGCUGUGGUGUCAGAAGAUGCCACUGUUGGAGAGUUUGUCCUCAAGGUGGUAGCAGAAGAUGCUGACAGUCUUCUGAAUGGCGCAAUUCUAUACUCCAUUAUCAGCGGAGACCAGAACAACCAGUUUUUCAUUGACCCAAUAAGUGGUGUCAUCAAAGUUAACAAGCAGCUGGACCGCGAGACAGUUUCUGGCUAUUCCCUGGCAGUCAGAGCACUGGAUACUGGAGUUCCACAAAUGUCCUCCGCCACGCUGGUCAACAUCAAUGUCUCUGACAUCAAUGACAACCCACCUACUUUCUCCCCAAACAACCUCUCUGCCGUCAUACAAGAAAACAAACCUAUUGGCACCAGCAUCCUGCAGCUGUCCGUCGUCGAUCAGGACUCGUCUCACAACGGCCCUCCAUUCUCCUUCAGUAUCCUGUCUGGAAACGAAGGGGGAGAGUUCAUUCUGGAGAGAGGUGGAAUGCUCGUGGCAAAUCAAGUGUUCCGAAGGGAAAUAGCAACCGAAUAUGUCAUUCUGAUUCAGGUGUCUGACUCCGGGAAGCCGCCUUUGUCCUCCUCCUCUGUUCUCACAGUCAGAGUGAUUGAAGAGAGCCUCCAUCGGCCGGUGGCCUUGCCGCUGGAAAUCCAUAUAGUCACUAUGGAGGAUGAGUUUCCUGGUGGUGUGAUUGGUCAGCUGCACGCCACUGACGCUGACCCUUACGAUGCACUGACAUUUGGACAUGCGCUUCCAGCUCAGCACAGUCUAUUUAAGAUCAGUCCCCAUGAUGGAAAGAUCAUCGCUCUUGGUGGGCUGGAUACGGGGGAGUACUUCCUCAACGCUAGCGUUAGCGACAGCCGCUUUGUGGUGCCUGUUCCUAUACGUGUGCAAGUAGAGCAGGUGACGCUGGAGAUGCUGCGGGAUGCCGUGACCGUGCGCUUUGAGAGUGUAGCGCCGCAAGAUUUUGUAGCAUCGUAUCUGAAGAGUGUGUUGAAAGUGAUGCAGCAAGCAGCCACAUCACAACAGCACGAUAAGUUGCACCUGCUCAGCAUCCAGCCGGUUGGUGGGACGCAGCAGCUAGACAUGCUCGUCUCGGUGGAAACGGGUGGAGGCGGCUACUACAAAGCUGCUUACCUCACUCAGAAACUCAGCACAUCUCGGCAGAAGCUGGAGGAGGUGCUCCGCGUGUCAGCCAUCCUGGAUAAGAACUGUUCAGGGCUGGAGUGUCGCGGUGCGCAGUGCGAGCAGAGCAUCAUCCUGGACUCACACAACCUGGCCACAUACAACACUCCGCGGGUCAGUUUCGUCUCCCCUCGCUUCCACCGGACCUCCCGCUGUACAUGUAGUGAUGCCAGCUGUGCCGUCCUGCUAGAACGACAGUGUGAAGAGCAGCUGUGUCCAGCAGACAUGCAGUGCGUUUCACUAGAAGCCACCAGAGGGCGCUAUGUGUGCCAGUGUCCAAGAGGCAAACUGGGAGAGUGUGCAGGACACUCGUCUCUGAGUUUCUCUGGUAAUAGCUACAUCAAGUACAGACUGACUGGCCAGCUGCAGAUGGAGCUGAAGCUCACGCUGAGGAUCAGAACUCUGCAGAGCACAGGCAUCAUCAUGUACAUGCACACCGAGCGCUGCAUCAUUCUCAAGUUGAUGGAAGGGAAGUUGUGGUUCCAACAGUCCUGCGGCCACAGCACAGGGGGGUUCGGUGACACGCCGGACAUGUUGGGCCCUGCUGGUCGUCGUAUCAAUGAUGGCAACUGGCACACUGUGGCACUGGAGCUGAAUCGCAACUUCAGUAGCCUGACUCUGGACGACAGCUACAUUGAGCAGCGCCAUGCACCGUUGAUGAUACAGACAUUCUCUCCAGACAGAACCAUCUACUUUGGUGCUCUGGUGCAACCUCCAAACUCUCGCAGCCUUGUGGUCUCUCAGAAGGACCCGCGGGUGCAUGAGGGAUUUCAAGGAUGCCUGGACUCUGUCACCCUGAAUAACAGAGAGCUGCCUCUGCAAAGCAAACGUUCACCGUAUGCAGAGGUGGUGGAACUGACAGAGCUCAAGCUUGGCUGCAUUCUCUACCCCGACGCCUGCCAACAUCAACCAUGUCGCAAUGGCGCCACCUGCACCAGUUUGCCCUCUGGAGGGUUCACAUGCAACUGUAAUCCCCAGUACACUGGUGGGAGCUGUGAAAUGGAGAUAACGGUGUGUGUUCCCAACCCUUGUCAGAACAAUGGGGUGUGUAAGCCCAUUGGCAACGCAUUCCUCUGCAGCUGCAGGAGAGGCUUCAGGGGUCUGAUUUGUGAGGAAGAUGUGAAUGAAUGUGACCGAAGCAAUCCCGAGGGUCAGUGUGAAAAUGGAGGCACUUGUGUCAACACUCCUGGCUCCUUCUAUUGUAACUGCACGCCAGGCUUUGUGGGUCAGCGCUGCAGCCUUCGGCCCGUCGUUGUUCCUGACAUGCAAGCUGGUCAUGCCGUGGUUGGCAAAGAGGAGCUGAUUGGCAUCACGGGGGUGCUUUUCGUCAUUGCCAUCCUUAUAAUCCUCUUCAUAGCUUUCCGCAAGAAAGUUUUUCAGAAGAACUACUCACGGAGCAACCUGUCUCUGGUCCAGGACCCUGCCACUGCAGCUCUUCUCAACAAGGCCAGCUGUGUCCAGUUUAAGACUCUACACUGCACACCAGGAGACCCCCUUAGCUUGUACUCAGAGCCAUGUAUAGAGCCCACCAUUGUGGGAGGAGUUGGCAUAAUGGGACCUCCGCAGGUUCCUGUGAGGCCCAUGGCAUAUACACCCUGUUUCCAAGGAGAGUCGCUGACCAAACUAGAGAAGAUGUCAGACGAUCAUGUGAUGGAGCAUACAGAGAUGAGCACCUUUCACUCUGAAUCACCAAGAAUCCUCUCUGGAACAACCAGGAGGGGGGUGGUGGUGUGCAGCGUGGCCCCAAACCUGCCACCAGUGUCCCCUUGUCGCUCCGAAUGUGAUUCCAUACACAAGAGUCCUUUGGUCGUUGAUGAAGCUAAAAUGGUCAACGUGGCAGAGGAAGAAACGUGCUUCUCAGGAAGCAACAAAGGCAGUAACUCUGAGGUCCAGUCCCUGAGUUCAUUCCAGUCUGACUCCUGUGACGACAAUGCCUCCAUUGUGACUGUCAUUCGACUGGUCAAUGAUGCAGUCAACACAAUCGAGAGUGAAGUGUCAGUUAUGGAUCGAGGUGAAUCCUACAACAGAGCAUACCACUGGGACACGUCCGACUGGAUGCCGAGCACAAAGCUGUCAGAUGCUGAAGAAGUGGAAAACUACAAGACAGAUCCUGGCAGUGAGACAGCUGGCUUGACCCCUUGUCUUGUAGGAGCCACCCAUGAACUAGAGUCAGACUACUACCUCGGAGGCUAUGAUGUUGAUAGUGACUAUCCAUCUCCUCAUGAAGAAGAAUUUCUAAGCCAAGACCAGAUCCCACCUCCGCUGCCAACUAGCGAGGACUAUCCUGAACACUAUACACCACUGCUUGCUGGUCUGGCAAUGUCCAAAGAGACUGUCCUGAACUCUUGCAGCACAAGACAUCAGCAUGCCAGGCCACACUUCCACCCCAGCCAGUAUCUCCCUUCCCAUCAGCUACCCCAAGCAGAGGUGCCCCAUGGGGAUUCUAGCACUUCAGUGAACCAGUUAUCUCCAGUGAAUGGUGAUGUUGUUGACUCUGUCUCACUAAAUAUGCACCUGUCAGGUGGUACAUCAUCUGCCUCGGACAUAUCAGCCAACUGUGGGCUGGACUCUGAACAUGGCAGCAGUUUUGAAUGUAUAGGUGAGGCUCGUCGAGGGGUGACCAUCACCACUGACUCACAGCAACAAACUGAGGUGUGACUGUCUAAACGGAUGGGUGUAAAAUAGGACCCAACAAUGACUUUAGUAUUUCACACUUCACAGAUCUCAUCGUCUCGUUCAGAAUCACCUUGUGGGUGUUUUGUAGACAUUAAUGGUGGCAAACAGGAGUUUUGAACCCCGAUGUGUAGAUCAGCCAAGUGGUCUUCCAGGUCUUACUGGGAUUUAGAUGCAGUUUGAUAAAAAGAUGAAUAAUUUAAAAACUAAUUCAGAAGAGAUUUAAAUAUAAUAAUGCUAUACAGAGUAUUUGGAAGAAAUAAAAUGUUUUACCAUCCGCUUCGUUUGACAUCAAUGGUGAAUGUAACUUAUAGAACUUAUGAUGAGCAUUGGGGUUAAACUUUACCUCAGACUGGUAUGGCAGGUCAUUAAAAAAAAUAAUUUACAUUUUUGUUCAUGAUUUGUAAAGUUUAUAAUAAAAAUACGUCACACCUCACUGUUCCCAAAUGUAAACCCCAUUUAUUAAAAUGGAUUUUUCUCCUGUAUGCUUUUCUGAAAUCUGACCUCAUGUUUCUCUUAUGUUCACACCGACUCACCUUAAAACUGCUCCACAUUCCUGCACAUAUCCCAGCUUGACAAUAUGGCUUGCAUCAAUUUUUGUAAAUUCUACAUGAAAGCAUCGUCCCGAUGACAGUUUUCAACGUAUCCGCCCUAGAAAUGACUGGUUAUACCCUACAUGUUGCAGCUGGACUCCUGGCAUCCUUUUUCUUGUAAACAUGUUUUUUCUGUUAAUUUUUGUACAGUGUACAUAGCUGGUUGGUAAAAUGCACAUUUUGUAGAUAUGAAAUUGCAGUUCCAAACUGCCUUUAAACUUUUGGUGGACAGUGUGGAGAGUGAAGUAUGAACUUUUGCCAUUGCAUUCUGUUCUGUGGCGAAGAUUAAAAUUGUUUUUACGUUUUUUAAGAUGAAUGCCAUUUCAUGAAUGUAGAUUCCUUGUAAACAGUAUUAAAUCCUGAUGAGCGCAGUAGAAACUUUAAUUUGGUUUUGUUUACACGAUGAGUAUGUUUUUAGGGUAUCGUUUUGUACAUUCUUUUCAUUUUUAUGUUUGUUUUUAUUUGUUGUUUGGGUUUUUGCCAUUUUCAAGGCCAAUCAAUGUGAAUAAAACUGCCACUACUUGACAAAAUUUUAAUAAAAGAUAAAGACAAGA